AUGAAAGAUGGUCAAAUGAUAGAAAGGAAAUUUGAAAUUCUGUCAGGCACCAAUGGUGAAACUCAAAGGAUGCUUGCCGGAAUUGAUGUAACUGUUGCAACUAGUGUAACCGGAGAAACUGGUACAACUGAUGCAACUGGCAAAGCUUUAUAA